AUGCAAAGAGAUGAUCUUCGAGAUGAAGCUGCGCAUCAGGACGAUGUGAUUGGUGACAGGAGGGACUCAAAAACUGUAAAUCGAGAAUCGCAAGAAGAAGAAACUUGGGUGCCAACGGAGAGUUUGUUGUGCACAAAGACUUUAUUGGACGACGAUGGAGAAACGUUAAAUGGCAACGACGGUAAUUUUAUACUAGCAGGUGACAAAGUGGACAACAUACCUGAAUAUGCAUCUCUUGAUGUGGAUACUUUUGAAUCUCAACAACCGAUCGAUGACAAUGAAGACAAUAACAACGACGAAUUGAUUGGUAGCUGUGUGGGGACUGAACGACAGUACCUAGAUCCUGGUACAAAUUUAAGAUCAUACCAGGAGUGA